AUGGAAGACCAAUAUCCCAAGACCAAUCGCUCGUACGGACCGCAUAUGAAAAUGACGAUUCCGCCCUCGCAGCACUCCGACAACGACCGGAGCAGCGCCGAGCUUCGUGCCCUGGAUUGUAAUCUCACCUCACUCUGCGACCACAUCCAAAUCGAAGGCUUCAAUUCCGGCGCCUUCUCCGAUGUCAUCGUUAAUGCCAUGGGUUCCACCUACCAUCUUCACCGUCUCAUUCUCUCUCGCAGCCCUUAUUUCAGGAACAUGCUUCAUGGUCCUUGGAAAGAAGCCAAUGCUCCUGUUGUAAACUUACAUGUAGAUGAUAAAAAUGUUAAUGGAGAGGCAAUUGCAACAGCUUUGGCAUAUUUGUAUGGACACCACCCUAAGCUUAAUGACAAUAAUGCAUUUCGUGUUCUUGCUGCUGCUUCUUUUCUUGACCUUCAGGAUUUAUGUGCAAUAUGCACGGAUUUCAUUAUCUCUGAGUUGUGGACUUCAAACUUCUUAGCCUACCAGGUGUUUGCAGAGAGUCAAGAUUACGGUAUACAUGGAGAACGUGUGCGGAAUGCUUGCUGGGGAUAUCUUUGUCAAAGUGGUGCCAUGGAAUUGAAAGAGGUGCUUCCAAGACUAUCUGCUCAAACCUUGCAUGCUUUAUUAACAUCGAAUGAACUGUGGGUGCCUAGUGAAGAGAAAAGGUUUGAAUUGGCACUAUUCACAUAUCUCACAAAAUGUGCUCAUGCGAAACAAGAAAAUUCUGAGCAGGAAAGUAACUCUGAGGCAGGAAUGGAUUCUCAUUCUGAUUCUUCCAGUACAAAGGAAAAGAAUUUGACAGAUUGUUUCACUGACAAAAGUUUGGAAUCUGAACUAGGAAAUGUGUCCCUGAAAGAUGGUAUGGAGGGCCAUAAUACAUCUCAAAGCCUUCUCGUCGAACUUGCUGACUGUGUAGCUGACUUCCAGGUGGGAGCUUCCAAUUCUAGGAAACAGGUCAGGGAAAUCGCAUAUCCUCAGUCAAAGCUGGAGUCAGGGUACCCUUGCAACGCAAAGGGGUCUUCUUCGAGCAACUCAUUUUCAGAUAGAAAUGCAAUACAAACCUCAUGCUCAUAUGCUGAAAUGCAAGUUAGUGUGGGAGCAAGUGGAUUGGGGGCCACUAGGGAAGGUCCAUCUGAUGAAGGAUCAUGCUUUCAUUUGAAUAACAAUGGGUGGCUUUCCAGGGAUGACUACUCGAGUAACUGCACAUCAAUGAACACUUCCUCUAGUGAUUUAAUGCCAAAUGACUGGGGAAGAUGUGGCAUGCCUUCUGUUUCUUGGGGUGGCAGAACUGUUGGCAGAAGACAGCUUAAAGAUCAUGCUAACGGGAACAUUGGGGUUCAUGGAGAAAUGUACGACUCCUUCAUCAAUGUAUUCGAAGGGGGAUCCCUCUUAUAUUGCAACAUGUCUUUUGAGGCACUUUUGAAUGUGAGGAAGCGGCUUGAAGAAUUGGGAUUCCCUUGCAAAGCUGUAAAUGAUGGUCUUUGGCUGCAGAUGCUUUUUAGUCACCGAGUUCAAGAAAUUGGUGCUGAUACUUGCAAAAGUUGCUGCUUUGUGAGUAUGGCAUGCGUCUGCAGACAACCAUUUGGAUUCAACCAUGGGGUUGCAACGUCUGGCUAUUACAUGCAAGAGCAUGAUCAGAAUAACUCUCCAAGCAACGUGGGAAAUGUAUAUGUUGCUGAGUCUGCCCCUAGCGAGGGGAAUGGCCUAUUUAGGCCUGUACGGGUACAUGUUAGGGGGCCUAUUGAUGGGCUUGCAGGUAUUGGACGUGGAACUACUUUUGUGCCCGCAACUGCUUGGCCUCCAACACGCUUUGUCUUCUCCCGUGUGCCAUUUGGCAUGGGAAACAGAAAUUGCCCGCAGUCUCUUGCUAAUGAUGAUUCAGAGACUAGAAAUGAUCACAAUGUAGACAUUUCUGGUGAUGGCUUAACAGCUUUGGUUGGGUUAAGUCAAGGAGGAAGCAACUCGGCUAAUAUCAACGGAGAGCAAAUAGAGAGAGGUUAUGAGAUGGAUUUGCAAAACAGAAUGUCUGGAAGUUCCAUGACGGGGCCAUCCAGUUCUAGUGGUAUUCCUGUGCAGAUGGUGCAGUCAUCAGAGCAUGCAAUUGGAGCUGAGUGGGAAAAUUCUAAUAGCUCCUCAAUAUCACUGGAUAUGAAAACUCCCUUAACUCACUUCCCUCCUUUCCGGUUUGGGGUUCAAUUUGAGGAUGUUCAUAGGCUAAGUGAUGGACAAGUCAAACACUCCCCUGAAGUAUUUUAUGCUGGUUCUUUUUGGAAGGUAAGCGUUCAGGCCUUUAAUGAUGAAGAUCCUCAAGGGCGCCGAACGCUUGGAUUAUUUCUUCACCGAAGGAAGGCAGAAAAUACAGAUUCUUUUAGAAAGUUUCAGAUGUAUGUUGACUCUCGUGAAAAGGUCACUGCUCGUUAUCAGUUAAUUUGUCCGUCGAAGAGAGAAGUUAUGUUUUUCGGAAGUUUCAAGCAAGCAGGAACUCUUCUACCCAAAGCUCCCAAGGGAUGGGGCUGGAGAACAGCGCUGCUGUUCGACGAGCUGUCUGAUCUUCUCCAAAAUGGGGUCCUAAGAAUAGCUGCUGUUGUGCAGCUUGUGUGAAAAUAGCAAGAAGAAACACAAGAUAUGAUUCUUUUAAUUUUAUAGAAUGUAAACAGUUUCUAUUUUAUUAUUACACGACAGAUAAUAAUGGCUUUCUGUUAGUUGAUUUGUGCAUAUAUAUCUAUAGUGGUCAGCAUGUAAUAAUAAGGUCUCUAUUUACAAAUGAACUCACAUUAUUAUUAUAUUAUAUUAUACAAUACAUGGCUAUUUGGGUA